GUCCUCGGAGGGGGUGGGCGAGGACACCCCGGCCGUCCUCGUCCCCCGGGGGCCCGAGGGCAGCGCCGCCCACCCGGACACCACCGGCGGCAGCCCGAAGAGCGUCGGGGGUCCCCCGGCCCCCAUGGGCUCCCUGGGCUCGUCCUGCGGCCGAGAGGCCCGGGGGGAAACCCAGCCCCCGGCCCGGCCCAACGGCCGUCGGGGGAGGGACCCCCAGCUGCAGGUGGACAGUGGCAAAGAUCUGGGCGAGAAAUCCCACCAGCCUAUUCCAGCUGGGAUGGAGAAUGACCGGGUCCUCAAUGACCUCUGGAAGAAGAACAACCAGCCAGUUGUCCUGAACAACCCGUAUUCGGAGAAGGACCAGCCUCCGGCUUCCGGUCGGAAGUCCCCAACCAAGAACGGGAGUCCAACCAAGUGUCCCAGGUUCCUCAAAGUCCGGAACUGGGAAACGGAUUUGACCCUGAGCGACACCCUGCAUCUCAAGAGCACGGUGGCCAUGCCGUGCAGUGAGCAGAUCUGCCUGGGUUCCAUCAUGCUCCCGUCUCCACACAUCAGGAGACCGGAAGAUUUGAGGACUAAAGAGCAGCUCUUCCACCUGGCCAAGGAGUUCAUCGAUCAGUACUACACGUCGAUUAAGAGGUUCGGCUCCGUAGCCCACAAGGCGAGGCUGGAAGAAGUAAAUAAGGAUAUAGACGCCACCAGCACCUACCAGCUCAAAGACACGGAGCUCAUCUACGGGGCCAAACAUGCCUGGCGCAACGCCGCCCGCUGUGUUGGCCGUAUCCAGUGGUCCAAGCUGCAGGUGUUCGAUGCCCGAGACUGCACUUCGGCCCACGGCAUGUUUAAUUACAUCUGUAACCACAUCAAGUACGCUACCAACAAAGGCAACCUCAGGUCCGCCAUCACCAUCUUCCCCCAGAGAACCGACGGCAAGCACGACUUCCGGGUCUGGAACGCCCAGCUCAUCCGCUACGCCGGCUACAAGGAGCCAGACGGCACCAUCUUAGGAGACCCCGCCAACGUAGAGUUCACAAACAUCUGCAUCCAGCAAGGCUGGAACCCGCCGAGAGGACGCUUCGACGUCCUUCCUCUCCUGCUGCAGGCCAACGGCAACGAUCCGGAGCUGUUCCAGAUCCCCCCGGAGAUGGUGCUGGAAGUGCCCAUCAGACACCCCAAGUUCCCGUGGUUCAAGGACCUGGAGCUGAAGUGGUACGGGCUGCCCGCCGUGUCCAGCAUGCUCCUGGAGAUCGGAGGCCUGGAGUUCACCGCCUGCCCCUUCAGCGGCUGGUACAUGGGCACCGAGAUCGGGGUCCGGGACUUCUGCGACAACUCUCGCUACAACAUUCUGGAGGAAGUCGCCAAAAAGAUGAACUUGGACAUGAAGAAAACCUCGUCCCUGUGGAAGGACCAAGCCCUGGUGGAGAUCAACAUCGCUGUGCUUCACAGCUUUCAGAGCGACAAAGUGACGAUCGUGGACCACCACUCGGCCACCGAGUCGUUCAUCAAGCACAUGGAGAACGAGUACCGCUGCCGGGGGGGCUGCCCCGCCGACUGGGUCUGGAUCGUCCCGCCCAUGUCCGGCAGCAUCACCCCGGUCUUCCACCAAGAGAUGCUCAACUAUCGGCUCACGCCGUCCUUCGAGUACCAGCCUGAUCCUUGGAACACCCACAUCUGGAAAGGGUGCACGGCCACCCCCACCAAAAAGAAAUCCAUCGGCUUCAAGAAACUGGCAGAAGCCGUCAAGUUCUCCGCCAAGCUGAUGGGGCAGGCGAUGGCCAAGAGAGUCAAAGCCACCAUCCUCUUCGGCACCGAGACGGGCAAGUCUCAAGCCUACGCCAAGGCCUUGUGCGAGAUCUUCAAGCACGCGUUUGACGCCAAGGUGAUGUCCAUGGAAGAGUACGACAUCGUGCACUUGGAGCACGAGACCUUGGUCCUGGUGGUGACCAGCACCUUCGGCAACGGCGACCCGCCGGAGAACGGAGAGAAAUUUGGCUGCGCCUUGAUGGAGAUGAGACAUCUGCAUUCCGUGGCGGAAGAGAGGAAGAGCUACAAGGUCCGUUUCAACAGUGUCUCCUCGUACUUGGACGGGAAACAAUUACUCAGCGACGGGAUCGACACCAGGGAUAACUUCGAGAGUGCCGGCCCGCUGGCUAACGUGAGGUUCUCGGUGUUUGGGCUGGGCUCCCGGGCCUAUCCCCACUUCUGUGCCUUCGGCCACGCCGUGGACACCCUCCUGGAGGAGCUGGGCGGAGAGCGCAUCCUGAAGAUGAGGGAGGGCGAUGAGCUCUGCGGGCAGGAAGAGGCUUUCCGAACCUGGGCCAAAAUGGUCUUCAAGACGGCCUGCGACGUGUUCUGCGUGGGCGACGACGUCAACAUCGAGAAGGCCAACAGCUCCCUCACCAGCAACGACCGCAGCUGGAAGAGGAGCAAGUUCCGCCUGACGUACACCGCCGAGGCUCCGAAGCUCAUUCAGGGGCUGAACGGCGUCCAUAAGAAACGGAUCUCCGCCGCCCGGCUCCUCUCCCGCCAAAACCUACAGAGUCCCAAAUCCAGCCGCUCGACCAUCUUCGUGCGGCUCCACACCAACGGGCACCCGGACCUCCAGUACCAGCCGGGAGACCACCUGGGGGUCUUCCCGGGGAACCACGAGGACCUCGUCAACGCCCUGAUCGAGCGGCUGGAGGAUGCCCCCCCCAUCAACCAGCUGGUCAAGGUGGAGCUGCUGGAGGAGCGGUCCACGGCCCUGGGUGUCAUCCGUAACUGGGAAGACGAGAACCGCAUCCCGCCCUGCACCAUCUUCCAGGCCUUUAAGUAUUACCUGGACAUCACCACGCCUCCGACGCCCCUGCAGCUGCAGCUGUUCGCCUCCCUGGCUUCCAACGAGAAAGAGAAGCAACGCCUUCUUGUCCUCAGCAAGGUCAGCCCGCGCCCUCCCCGCCCCGGAGCGGUCAUCGACGGGCGGCCUCCAAGAUACGAAGAGUGGAAGUGGGCAAGAACCCCAACCAUCGUGGAGGUGCUCAAUGAGUUCCCCGUCGGUCGAGAUGCCCUCGUCCCUGCUGCUGACCAGCUGUCCCUGCUGCAGCCUCGCUACUAUUCCAUCAGCUCCUCGCCGGACAUGUACCCCGACGAGGUCCAUCUCACCGUCCGCCGUCCUCUCUACCGCCCCAAGGUUCGCUUUGGAGCCGAAGUCUUCCGCCGCAAGCCCCGGGACGUGGAGCCCCACGGACCCGGACAUCGCUCGCUUCCCUGCUCCUCGCCGGACCUCGAUCCCGUUCCCCGCUUGCCUGGAGACCGGGCCGCCGCCCACCGGACGCUCGUGUCCGGGAUUCUGUCUCCAAGAUAUGGGAAUGGCCCCAUCCAUCAUGGCGUCUGCUCCUCUUGGCUCAACCAAAUCUCGGCCAACGAAGUCGUGCCCUGUUUCGUCAGGGGGGCGCCCAACUUCCACCUGCCGCAGAACCAGGUGCCCUGCAUCCUGGUGGGCCCGGGUACCGGGAUCGCUCCCUUCCGAAGCUUCUGGCAGCAGCGGCUCUUUGACAUCCAGCACAGAGGAAUCGCCUCAGGCCCCAUGGUGCUGGUGUUCGGAUGCCGCCAGGCCGAGAUUGACCACAUUUACAAGGAGGAGACCAAGCAGGCCAAAAAGAAAGGCGUCUUCAGAGAGCUGUACACUGCUUACUCCCGGGAGCCGGACAAACCGAAGAAAUACGUGCAGGAUGUGCUUCAGGAACAGCUGGCGGAGACCGUGUACAACACGCUGCAGAAGCAGGACGGCCACGUGUACGUGUGCGGGGACGUCACCAUGGCGGCGGACGUCCUCAAGGCCAUCCAGCGCAUCAUCGCCCGCAAGGGGAAGCUCACGGCCGAGGAGGCCGGCGGCUUCAUCGGCAAACUGAGGGAUGCAAACCGCUACCGAGACAUAUUCGGGAUCACCCUGCGGACCUACGAAGUGACCAACCGCCUCAGGUCCGAGUCCAUCGCCUACGAGGAGAUCAAAAAGGACCUCGACGAGGUGUUCAGAUCGUAACCGGAAGAGAGGCCUCCUCGCCGGGUUUUGUACGCACGGACUCUGCCGCAUCUUUUCUGCCGGACUCCACGCCCAGCGCGUCCUCCUUCAUUUUGACCUUCUACGUCUCCGACCUCGUCCCGUGGCUCUUCCCGUUGGGCCCCGUGGAACCGCCGCCCGCCCCGGCCCGCUGAGCGCGACGGCUUCACGCCCCUCGGCGUCGCGGACAGAAGACGCUUCUGCCCCUCCUCCCUCCCCCGGCCGGGCCGACUCCCUCUCCGCCCUUCCCUCGGUCACCGCCAAGGUCCCCCGCCCGGGGUCCCGGAGCCUCUCCCCUCUCCCGUCUGUUUCUCGGGGUUCCUUCUGUUUCUUGGGGCUCCUUCGUGACGCCGUGGAGUCGGGGAGAAGGGGCUCCCCUCCCGGUGUAGCCCCUCGCUGUCUCUCGUUCCCUUUGGCCCGCCUUUGCUCCCGCUGCGUUUCCCCCGUUAAAAAUGGCUGUCCUCCGGGCUUCGAGACA